GAACAGGUUGCCACCUCCGAUUGACCCAGCUGUUAAGCAGACCAUGCUUGAAGAUCAGUGGGCUGCUGCAGUUCCUGAUGCUGUGACCUCUGAGAACAACAUAUGGCGAAUGGUUUUCUUCACCCCAAAAGAGAAGUCCAUGCCGUUGGCUGACGCUCAAAGGGCUGGCUAUGGUAUCGCAACAACCCCAUCGAGACUGCUCAUCCAUCGAGACUAAUUCUCACUUUGUCAUUGAACUGCCUGUGGGUGGACCUGAUGGUUACUACAAGAGCUAUGCUCCUGAGUAUCAGUACCAUAUCUCUUACUCUAUUGAGGCCAUGAUUGAGGUGGUGUGGAAGGAGGCUGACUCUGACCAGCUCACCAGAUAUAAGGUCUUGUAUCCGAUCAAUGUCCAAGAGAAACGCUUCCCCCAUGGUUACAAAGGCUUCAGUCUUCAAGUGCCCUUCUCUGACUCUGUGGUCCUGAAGAGUAAUCCUGAUCGGGAGUUCACGACCUACACCCUUCCUUUGAGCUUUGGCCUGGUUGUCCUACCUGAGCAAUCCCCAUUCUCUCAUCCAGCUGUGCUGGAAGCAACACUUCAUGACGUUGUGCUCCCUGUCGUAACCGGAACUUGUGAUGACGAAAGCUACUAUGUCACCGUGGCCUAUGGAAGUCAUGGCAGUGACUUUAAAACCAUUGUGGGCAAGCGGGAGCUGACCUCUGACCUAGCAACGAAGUACAAUGUCCGUGAGAAUGCUACACACAUGACCAUGAGUGUGCCCUUCUUCUCAUCUGAUGCUGUAUUUACGUUUGUACUUUCAUCUGCUGCUGGGGGUCGGCUGGACUUGAAGGUCAUCGACCCACUCAAUAAUUGUAGCCUCAACAACUUCUCUCUGGCCUGUACCUUUCCUAUGCCUCAGACUGAGUGUCACCCUAAUGGCGCAAUGAUUGUCCUGGCCCUGAAGGUUGAGUCGGUGCCAAAUCUUAUUCUCAGUCAGCUCACCCUAAAGGACCCAUCGUGCAAACCCAUGUUCAGCAGCGAUCAAUUUGCGUCCUUUUCUUUCCCUGUUAACACCUGCGGAACAACCCGAACAUUCUCGGAUGGCUUCAUGGUCUAUCAGAAUGAGAUCACCAUGUCUAAGCAAGGAGGUGUGAAGAAUGUCAAGACCACUUCCCACCCAGAGUACCGACUCACCAUCUCCUGUUACUAUGAGAACGAUGACUUCAAGAUGCUGCAGUUCUCCCAGCGGAUCGCUCCUUUGACCGCCCUCCCCAGCCUGCCUUUGGAGAUGAGGGUCCGCAUGAGGCUGGCAACUGAUGUGUCCUACAACACGUUUUACACCGAAGAAGAUUAUCCUGUGGUGGAGGCCUUGAGGCGUCCCCUUUACUUUGAGGUUGAGUUGUUAGAGUCCACAGAUCCACAACUUGUGCUGUUCCUGGAGAGCUGCUGGGCAACCCUGGAAAAGGAGAGGCUGUCCACGCCACGAUGGGACAUCGUUGUUGAUGGGUGUGCAAACCACGAUGAUCGUUAUUUACCAAGCAUUCAUCCUGUAACUGCUGAUGGCAGAGUCCAGUUCCCUUCCCACUUCAAACGCUUUGACAUGAAGAUGUUUGCUUUUGUCCAAGAUAAUGUGGUGCUGAAAGAUUAGGUAGGUAAAUGUG